GAUUAGAGAUGUUGAACUAAGAACAAAUUCUGAGUAAUCUAUUAUAGCAACGGCAAGAUAAAAGAGAGAUUACUGGAUUUAACGCAGUUAUUCUUUUUAAGUUCUAGUUAAAAUUAUAUACAAUUUAAAAUCAUUCGAGAGUUUCAAACCAACAGUCGAGACAUGAAAGGUGGAGAAAUACUCAUAAUAGGACUGAUAUAUGUAGCUGUAGUAUCAGCUCAUCAUCCUUUGUCCCAAGAUUUUAUAGAUAUUGUUAAUGAAAAGGCAACAACAUGGCAGGCGGGUCAAAAUUUUCAUCCCAAUACAUCAGUUGAAUUCCUCAGAGGUUUAAUGGGAGUACAUCCAGACUCAGAUAAAUUUCUACUUCCAGUUGAUAAUACUAUUAUGCUUAGAGAUGGAGAAAUUCCGGAAGAUUUUGAUGCAAGAAAAGCUUGGCCUGAUUGUCCCACAAUAAAAGAAAUAAGGGAUCAAGGCUCUUGCGGAUCAUGCUGGGCAUUUGGAGCGGUUGAAGCUAUGUCUGAUCGGGUCUGCAUUCACUCAAAUGCGUCUGUUCAUUUCCGCUUUUCAGCAGAUGAUUUAGUUUCCUGUUGUCAUCUUUGUGGUUUCGGUUGUAAUGGCGGUUUUCCAGGAUCUGCUUGGUCUUAUUGGGUUAGGAAAGGUAUAGUUUCUGGAGGAACUUAUGGAUCAAAUCAAGGUUGUAGACCUUAUGAAAUUCCACCAUGCGAACAUCAUAGCACCGGAAAUCGUCCAUCGUGUGACGGGGAACAUGGAUCUACUCCAAAAUGUGUACAUCAAUGUCAGCCGUCUUAUAAAACUGAAUACAGUGCUGACAAACGUUUCGGUAAGAAAUCAUAUUCUGUUGAAAGGAACGCCGCAUCUAUACAAAGAGAAAUCAUGACCAAUGGUCCAGUUGAAGGCGCUUUUACAGUCUUUGAAGAUCUUCUCAGCUACAAAAGCGGUGUAUAUCAACAUGUUUAUGGAAAAGCUCUUGGAGGACAUGCAAUUCGAAUUUUAGGUUGGGGUGUUGAAAAGGAUGUACCAUAUUGGUUAAUUGCAAACUCUUGGAAUAAUGAUUGGGGUGAUAAUGGUUACUUCAAAAUUUUACGUGGCAAAGAUCAUUGUGGCAUUGAAAGUCAAAUAUCAGCCGGCUUACCAAAACUAUCUUAAAAAAAUGGUCAUAUGCAUUCCAGCUUAUUUUAAAUACAUAAUAUAAAACCUUCCGUUUCUUUUUUUUCAUCACAUUUUUUUGUGGUAAAUAGUUUAGAGAAGAAUGAAAUUAUAUGUUAUAAGAUCGAUAAUGAAUAAAAAUUUUAAUAUACCUUCAAAUAA